AUGUUUGAAAUAACCCUGGCGAACUGGCCUCCGGCCUCCAGACUACUGGCGGAAAACGUCUCCGAGUGGUUCAUGCUGUUCGGAGUUCUCCACAAGCUGACCAUUGGCUUUGCAGUGGUGAGCGUUGUGAACGGUGUCUUCAUGCAGGAGACAUUCAAUGUCGCGGCUUCGGAUGACCGAGUCAUGAUUCAGAAGCGCAAACGCAACUUUCAAAUGCAUCGCCUCAAGAUGGAGCGAUUUUUCCACCUGGCAGACAAGUCCAGUGAUGGCGCCAUUGACAUAGAUGAGUUCAGGGAAAUGACCGAGCACAAGGAAGUCUCCGCUUGGUUGCAGGCAAUGGAAUUAGAUGUCUCCGAUCCGGACAAGCUUUUUUUGUUGAUCGACAGCUCAAGACGAGACGGCAGGAUAACCCUGGAAGAGCUGAUACGCGGAGUCGGCAGGCUCAAGGGCUCAGCCAAGAGCUUGGAUGUAGCUUGCAUGCUGGAAGAAGUCGCCAAACUGCAUGAUCUCAUCGUUUCUCAAGGCUUUCGGCCAAUGCCCGUGGCACAGAGCUCACCGGCGGACUUUUUGGCCAAGGCCAGAUCGAAGACGACGCGUCUGCGUGAUGCUCUUGGUGCCAAGAGCACCACUUCUGCGGAUGGUAGGCAGUUCAGCGAGUGGCUGCGCAGUACUGAGGACAUUUGA